AUGAUGUGCUGUUUAUCUGCUGAAGCACGUGAACAGAAACAAAUAAAUCGUGAAAUUGAAAAACAAUUACGUCUUGAUAAAAAAAAUCAACGACGAGAAUUAAAAUUACUUUUACUUGGUACUGGAGAAUCUGGUAAAUCAACAUUUAUUAAACAAAUGCGUAUAAUACAUGGUACUGGUUAUUCCGAAGAAGAUAAACGUUCAUUUGUUAAACUUGUUUAUCAAAAUAUAUUCAUGGCAAUGCAUUCAAUGAUUCGUGCUAUGGAUACGCUCAAAAUACAAUAUAGAGAUAAAAGAAAUGAGCAAGAACAUGCAGCACUUGUACGGUCAGUUGAUUAUGAAACAGUGACAACAUUUGAACCACAAUAUGUUGAAGCUAUUAAAAGUCUUUGGAAUGAUCCUGGAAUAAAAGAGUGUUAUGAUAGACGAAGAGAAUAUCAAUUAACAGAUUCAGCUAAAUAUUAUUUGGAUAGUAUUGAUCGAAUUGCUUCCCCAGGUUAUUUACCUACAGAACAAGAUGUUCUACGAGUACGAGUACCUACAACGGGUAUUAUUGAAUAUCCUUUUGAUCUUGAAAAUAUUAUUUUUCGAAUGGUUGAUGUUGGUGGUCAAAGAUCUGAACGUCGAAAAUGGAUUCAUUGUUUUGAAAAUGUUACUUCGAUAAUGUUUCUUGCAGCAUUAAGCGAAUAUGAUCAAGUUCUUGUUGAAUCUGACAAUGAAAAUCGAAUGGAAGAGAGCAAAGCAUUGUUCCGUACGAUCAUAACUUAUCCAUGGUUUACAAAUUCAUCUGUGAUCCUUUUCUUAAAUAAAAAAGAUUUACUCGAAGAGAAAAUUAUGCAUUCACAUUUGGUUGAUUAUUUUCCUGAAUUUGAUGGUCCCAAACGUGAUGCUCAAGCAGCACGCGAAUUUAUAUUAAAAAUGUAUGUUGAUCUCAAUCCAGAUAGUGAUAAGAUUAUCUAUUCACAUUUUACCUGUGCAACUGAUACCGAAAAUAUCCGCUUUGUGUUUGCUGCUGUUAAAGACACAAUACUUCAAUUGAACCUCAAAGAGUACAAUUUGGUUUAG